AUUCUACUGCGCGCGAGCAGGGAAAGGGCCUUGAUCCGCUUCCAGUCGGCUCUUCUACUACGGACUGAAAGGGAACGAGUGGGGAAACUGUUUUAGUCUUAACUUGAACUGUUUGGAAGGACUUCAUUGUACAGUGAGGACAGGUGUGGAGUGUUUUUGGUUCGGGAUUUGAGCGGGCUGUGUUGUCUUUGAGAGAAGACUGCUGUUAGGUGCGGAGCGAAGUUGGCAUGAUGUUGACGUUGGUGCUCGGCGCAGUGUGGUUAGUGUGCCAUGCAUACGCACAGAACGAGACAGAGCCCAUCGUAUUGGAGGGGAAAUGCUUGGUCGUGUGCGAUUCAAAUCCCACCUCAGACCCCACUGGGACGGCUCUUGGGAUAUCGGUGCGCUCGGGAAGCGCCAAAGUGGCUUUUUCCGUGGUGAGAAACACGAACCACGAGCCGUCGGAGAUGAGCAAUCGAACUAUGGUGAUCUACUUCGAUCAGGUACUGGUCAACGUUGGUAGAAGUUUCGACGAAGAAAGGAGCAAUUUCUUCGCCCCGCGCAAAGGGAUAUACAGUUUUAAUUUCCACGUAGUGAAAGUGUAUAAUCGUCAAACUAUCCAGGUAAUGCACA